AGUAGAUUUGUCGUAUUUUAGUGACUUUCAUAUGGCAGAUCUUAUCACAGUAGGAUCAUCACACUGUCACAGUUUUAUAGUGUGUACGUAUAAUGGCAUUGAAAUUCCUUGCCACCAUUUCAAAAGUCAGUCCUGUUGGGUGUUCGAAUCGAUUAUGUAAGACUUCGAGAAGUUACAAUGUUAAGCAAGUUGCCUCUUUGACGAGGUUAGCGUAUCAAAAGUCUGAUGCGCAGAAACCUGCCCCAUUUCCUUAUUGGAGAAAGAAAUAUGGACUCUACCAUGUUAUUUUUGAUCCAGCAUUAUAUAGAUACGAUGGAAACACUAAACUGAUUGUUGUAGAUGGUCCUCCCGCUAUAGGGAAGGCUAAAUUCUGUGAAAAACUAGCAGAUGAAUUUGGCUUGCUAUACAUGCCAGCUCCGACUCAUGAUGAACUUUAUAUCAAUUGUUAUGGGGUGGACAUCCGUGAAUUGGAUCCAAAAUUACCAUUCCUUUGUAAAAGCUACGAUGUACCAAGAUAUUUAGAAAAUCCUAAUGACAAAAGAGUAGCACGGUUUCAAAUGAUAUAUCUCCACAUGAGAACUGAGCAAUACAUAAAUGCUUUGUUGCAUAUGUUAUCUACUGGUCAGGGUGUGGUGCUUAAUCGAAGUGUUUACUCAGAUUCUGUUUUUGCAGAAGUCAUGAAAAAUUUUGGAUAUAUUAGUGAACAUGUAUAUGCAUAUUAUACAGAAAUAUCUACUAUUGCAAAAAAUUUCUUUUUGAGACCGCAUUUAAUGAUAUAUCUAGAUGUACCCCCAGAAAUUGUCAAAGAAAAAAUUAAGCAAAAAGGUAUUCCCUACGAAGUUAAUUCAAAAGUUUUAACAACAAAAUAUCUCACAGAUUUGGAGAAUGUAUACAAAGAAAAGUAUUUAAAGAAGAUGGCAGAUCACUCUCAUUUAUUAAUUUAUGAUUGGUCCAAAGAGGGUGAUCUUACGUCUGUGGUCGAAGAUAUCGAGGAUUUAGAUCUUGCUAAUUACGAACAAAAAAAAAUGUCAGAUUGGGUAUUCAACGAGCCGGAUGAAAUUGUCAACCUGAGAUAUCAGUAUGGUCAGGAUAGAUAUACUAUAUUUCAAGAUAUGAUUCAAUUUAAUAAACCUGAUCUUCCCAGUGAGAUGGUUUGGUCACCUGAAGAAGUGAUAGCAAUGGAUGAAGCGCUUGAGAAUACUAUAUCUGAAAAAUUCCACCCAGGAUUCACUGAACAGCUAGGCGAUAAAGUUCUUUGGAAACCAGAUAAGUAUGAGUACCCGUCAUAUCGUCGAACGCCUCGCGACUUUGUAAACCGUGCAAAAUAUAUGUCGUGAAGUUUGUUACGUAAAAUAAACCUAGAAAAUGAACAGAGCAUUCUUGUAACAAAUGGAAACAAUUGUUGCAUACAAUAUUAUGAUACAAUAAAUUAAUAUAAUUUAA